ACUUUCUCUCUCCCCCAACUCUUCUUUUCUUUCCUUUCCUUUCUCCUACAUUUUCUUUUUCUCAUCAAAUGGAGGGAAACCAGCAACUUCGUAGACAACUUGCAGCCAUGAGACAGUCCCUCUUUGAUCAGGGAUACCUUGAUGAACAGUUCAUCCAGUUGGAGGAGCUUCAAGAUGAUGCUAACCCCAGUUUUGUAGAGGAAGUUGUCACAUUGUACUACCGAGAUUCCGCCAGGCUAAUCACUAGCAUAGACCAGGCACUGGAGAAGAGCCCUCUUGAUUUUAACAAGUUAGAUGGCCAUAUGCAUCAGUUCAAGGGAAGCAGCUCAAGCAUUGGAGCCAAAAAGGUGAAAGCUGAGAGCACACAGUUCAGAGAAUAUUGCAAGGCAGGAAAUGGAGAAGGAAGUAGAAGGACUUUCCAACAACUGAAGAAGGAAUAUGCAACACUGAAGAAGAAACUAGAAGCUUAUUUUCAGCUAGCAAGACAAGCAGGGCCUAUGGAGACUGCUAGUGGUCGGAAAUAAUUAAUUGCAGAAGGGAGGGCAAUGAAAAUCUGAAAC